GGCUCUCAGCUCAGCACAUUCAGUCGACCACCAGAGUCUGAGUCGGUCGGUCGUGCGUAAAUUUCGUUCGUAUUAAACAAAAUCAUUGUUUCAAAUUAUCCCGCGCUCGAAUACAAAUAAAUCAAAGUUGAUUUUCAGUUAUCACAGUGAUUCUUUUUAUCUUUGACAUUUCAUUCCAAUAAUAUUUACCGAGUGAAUUCAAUCGCAUCGGGAGUAUCUAUCAUCUAUACACGCCUGUUGACUUUUCAACUCGAAAGAAUAUAAUAAGCGCAGAUAAGAUAAGAAAAUGUGGAGUCGUGACGGAUUGAAAAGCGGAACGUCAUCGGCCAUGAUGUACCGCUCCACUCCGCACCUGUUUGUCUACCAGCCGUGCGAGGAUGACGACGAUGCGGCCGUGACGACGACGCCGACGGCGAUGAUGCACCACGACGAGCUGCUGCUGACGGACGCUGGCGAAGACACGGAGCCCUCCGAUUCCGGUUACGCCGCCUCCUCUUCCGGCUCGGGAUCGGCUACUACGCCCGAGGCUAUUUACUACUCCGCCAUGGAACUGACGUCGUCGUCGCAUCGCACCAAGGAGAAGGACGCCAUCCGCCGUUUGAGUUUCAUCAAAUACGCCGCUGGCGGCGGUAGCGCUGCCGACGUCUACAGCAGCGGAAGUAGCGGCGGCGGUAGUGACGGCUCGUCCGUCGACGAGGAUCCGCUCAUCCAUCCGGUCAUCCAUCAGCAUCAAAGCAAACAGCAACACCACCACCAGCUGACCGAGCUGGAACUGCUGAGGGUCGAAACUUUCUUCAGAGGCAAUCAGACGCAGAUUUUUGUCGGCAAAUCGCUGGCCAAUUUGUAUUUGAGACAGGCCAAGAGUCUUGUGGGUUUGAAUCGCUGCUCCAGCCAGCCGGACGUUUGCGUCCGCACUCUGCAGAGGCAGACGGACAGACUGACGGACUGGCAGUUGAAAUUCACCGGCAUUCCGGUGGUGCUGCUGGACCUGGGCGGGACGAAAUCGCGCCGCCAGCGACGGAUCCAGCUGAUUUUGGCCGAACGCGGAACCGGAUUCACUUUGUGGUCGGACACGAUCGACAAUUUGAGCAACUACGAGGCGGCCGGACCGACGUUCCACACGAUGAGGACGUCGACCGACCACCGGCAAAUCGCCGGCCUGAGCUUCGACGCCGCCGACGCCGCCCAGCAGUUCUUCCGGCACAUCGAGACGCUGACGUCCGAUCCGGCCAACAUCCGUCUGUCGACGCCCAAAAGGGCCUCGAGGACUUCGAGUUUGUUGCGAUUCUGGAUGACGGGCAAGUCCAGCGGUGGUGGCCACAAGAUUAAAACGCCGGCCAAGAUUCCACCGCCACGCAAGUGCGACAUUUCCCAGCCUUGCUUCUUCCAGCACGUGACCAGCGUCGACUCGACGGAUCGUGGAAAAUUCUUUUCCCUUCAGGCCUUUGUGCCCAGCAAUCAAUGACAAGUUUGGAUUUAUUUCGUUUUGGUUAUUUUUUUUCGGAUCUCAUGUGAUAGCCACUUUUCAUUUUGAUAUGCAAAUUAUUAUUUUUUGUCUCUUUCUGUUACACGUGUGAUGGGCAUCUAACAUCUGCAAAGGCUCACCAUAUUUUGACAGUUUUGGCUGCGAACAACUUGGAACGUUUUGUUUGCCACUUGUUUGUACCAAAAGGAUUUUUGUUUGGGCAGGUUAUAUGCCCUGCGUUGUAUCAUUGUGCCUUAUUUACAUCUAAAUAUUAUGUGUGUGUGUCUUGUUGAAAUUGUUAGUCGCUUGCUGUCAUAUGUCAAAUCAGAAAUAAUUGUCCAGUCAGCCAAUUCAUUAUAUUCUAUCUGCUCGUUCAUCCCUGCAACUUCAUUAGAGCUCAAACUGAUUGCAAUUGGCUGGGCUACACAACGAAUUAAAAGCAAUCUAAAAGACAAAUGUGGUGUGUGCUUCUAUUAUACUAAUAGUUCAUAUUCUUUUUCGUAUUGGCUCAUCUUCUCAUCAUGUGUACUAAUAACCAGCUUUCCUUCACAUGUCAUAUAAAUUAACUCGAUAUCAUUUUUGUAUCUAAGUCAUAUAAGAUUGAGACUGGUUUUGCCUCCCCUUCAUACUUUGUGUAUACGCGUCUAUAUACGCAUUCGUGAAUGUCAAUAGUUAUUAUUGUAAUAACAAUAAAAAUAUAUUACACUUAA